GGAAUUUCACUCGUCAUUAUCUAUUGAAGACACUAAACUCUUCUCUAUAUCAUUAUCGAACAAACUGUAUGUGUUACUCAUAAUUCAUAUUCUCUCCAUAUCUAUCGUCUUCGAACAACUGAACAACAAUCUUCGGGUUUUUGGGUAAUCUACCUGCUUCUUCACUUUUUUGUAAAGUUAGGUUAGAGCGGUGCGAUAUUUGGUUUCUGGCUGAAAAUUGCACAACAAGGAUAUAAAUUUCACAAGAGCAAAUGGAUGAAGGCAGGGAUUUUGUUCAAUGGCUUGGACAAGACAUGUCAGUAAAGAUCCUUAUGUGUUUGGAUGACCCUUGUGAUCUUGUUCGGACGAGUGCGGUUUCGCGGUCUUGGCGCGAGUUUGUGAUUGCUAAUGGCCUGUGUAAGAAACUUUGCUUAAGGAAGUAUCCUGAAGCGUCGAGUUUUGCCAGUGUUGUUGUAACUAAAGACUUAGUUGAACCUACGGAAACUGGUGUGGGAGGUUAUGGUGAAUGGGCUUACUUGGAGAGGGAGCACAGAGUGUAUGCAUUCUUAGGUAAAGAUCUCAUCACUUCUGGCAGAGAAAAUUGCAUAACAGAUGCCGUCUGUGCAUCUAGUACGGAUAACUAUCCAGACGAAAGCAUCAAGAAUACUUUGCAACCAAGUGAUAGGAUUGGCCACAGGGCCUCAUAUUGGUCGAGCAAGGGUGCAAGUGAUCCCUCUGCUUCAGAGACAUUGAUUUAUAAACUGGCUUCACGGCUAUGUCUGAUCACCGAGUUACAUGUGCAUCCAUUUCAAGCGUAUUUUCAGUUUGGCUUCCCCAUAUAUUCACCCAAAGCUGUGAGGUUUCAUAUGGGCUAUUCCAAGGACCCUCUGGAGAUAGAAGAUGAACAAACAGAUGACUUCAAGGAUGCCAAAGAAUACCAUGAUGAAAUGUUUGUCUGGACAUAUAGCUCUCCAGAAUUCCCAACGGCUCAGGAAAAUUUCUUGCAAAAGUUUAAGCUUCCCAAACCCGUUCUUUGCAUUGGAGGAUUCCUUAAAGUGGAGCUGUUAGGCAGAGUGCAGACUCAAGAAAUGGACGGAUUAUACUAUAUAUGCAUCAAUCAUGUUCAAGUUAUUGGUCGACCACUCUCCCCGGUAUUUGACGUGGAAAUUGAUGACGGAGGAAAAUGCACCCUCAAGUACAACCCUGUUAUAAGAUACAAUUUUCCACCUAUAGAAAUCUCAGAAGCAGAGUCAAGUAGCCGGUCACAUUUCCACAGAUUUAGUGAAAGCAUUAGGACUUGGGAGCAACUAAUCCUCAACACAUUCCGUGGUGCAGGACCCCUGGUGAUAGACGAUUACGACUCUGAUUAUGAGUACCUAAACUAGUCACAGUUUUCCUGAUGUGAGUGAUACCAUCCAUCCUCGUAUGCUUUUUGUUUCUGUGUCUCAUAUACUCCUCCCUCUUUGAGGUUCGGUGAUCAGCAAGUAUGGUUGCGUCGGGUUAAAUAGGGAAAUGACCGUUUGAGCUUUGGUCAAUGAGGAAAUAAUUUGUUUCAGGUAGUGUCUCAUCGACUGAUGCUGAGACUCUGUGAGUGUAUGGACACCACAAAUGGUACAAAAUAGGACAUAUACUAUAAAGUUUUGAAGUUUUAUUACUUGUGAAGAAAAAUACUUGGAUCGGAUAAAUGAAUAUCAUAUGUUUGUUUUGGUUA